AUGCAUUAUAACAGCGUUAUGGUACAGGAAGCAUUCGAAUUAGAUACAAGAAGCCUGCAAGAGGUCGUUCUGCAUACUGCUGUUCUCGCUCUAACAACCGUUUUAUCACUUACAGGAAAUUCUCUUGUUUGCCUCGCUUUCUACAGAAACAGAAGAUUACGUACAGUCACCAAUUUCUACGUACUUUCUCUGGCCAUAGCUGAUUUAAUAUUGGCUGUCUUUGUCAGUUGUUCAAGCACACUUGCUUCAGGAUUGCGCAGGUGGCCAUUCCACUAUAACUUUUGCCAACUUGCUGGUUUUGUUGCAGCUUUAUGGGGUCAGAUAUCAACUUCCAUUCUGGCGCUUGCGUCAAUAAAUCGCUACUACUGCGUUGUUAAGGCCCAAAAAUACUCGACGUUGUUUAGCCGAAAGAAGACGUUUUCGUCGAUUUGCGUUGUAUGGAUUCUUUGCAUUUUUCAGACUCUGAUAUGGUUCGCAGCUCCUGUUGAAUAUAAGUGGUCGCCUUACGAACUAUUUUGCCGUUCAACGUUUAACGAUAAACAUAUGGAGAACAUCUUCUACAUUUACUUUGGUUGCCUUUUUAUCAUCCCUAUGUUGGUGAUAGGCUUCUGUUAUAAUAGAGUCUAUCGCAAUAUACGGCAGCAUAACAAAAACGUCAUCCAUUCAUUACAAGAAGCACACCAGUUUGGAAUAAGUGCACAAGAAAUUAAAACAUCUCGGGUCCUUUUUGCUGCUGUCCUCGGAUUUAUCAUCUGUUGGGCUCCUUUUAUAGUAAUUUCAGUUAUAGUAUUUGGUUUUCAUAUUUCUAUUCCUUCAUCUGCUAAGCCGAUUUAUCCGAUCUUCUGCUUCGUUUCGUCGUGGAUCAAUCCUAUCAUUUAUGGCGUGAUGAACAGAUCCAUGAGACAGGAGUUUCAGCGUAUACUUGGGCUGUCGUCUCCAGAGUCAUCAAAUAACCAAACCAGCAGCGGUCCAUAUCAGUGA